AUGAUAAGCCCUGCCAACCCGGCCCGCACUGUUGUGCGUGGCUUCAACGGCACUCCCGUCACCUCUGGAGAUGAAGAUUCCGACCACGGUGCCCCGGAGACUCCGACAUUGGCUUCCCCGAGAGGUCGAACUCGAAUUGACGACUUUGUCAGCGCAAACUGCAGCCCCGUUCUGAAGGCUGAGCCGUCUCCAACCAUGUCCGGUAUUGCGAAGCUGCGAAUGCAGACGGACCACUUCAGCCUCGACACGAUUUCACGCUCAAGCUCUCUGGCCCGAAACGGAGACCGUCCCCAAGCGAGGUCCGGAAUCACCACAGAACUGAACAGCCGCGCCCAGAGCCGAGACGGAGCACGCAGUGAAACCGGCAGCGACAGCUCAGAGUGCGGAUCCGCCAGCUAUGAAGUCAACCUGGAGAGCGACUUCGUCAGCGACAGCGUCAGGGAGCGGUGCGGAUUCGUCGAGGGCGGCUUGAACCCCAAGCGCAAGAUGACUUCGGAGGAAUUCGAGCCCCUCCGUUGCCUGGGCAAGGGAACCUACGGCACCGUCCUCCUCGUCAAGCAGCGAGCAACCGGGAGGCUCUAUGCGCAGAAGCAGCUCAGGAAGGCGUCGCUGGUCGUGCACAGAAAGCUCAUUGAGCAGACCAAGACGGAGCGUCAAAUACUCGAAUCCGUGAACCGGCACCCUUUUGUCGUGAAGCUCUACUAUGCCUUCCAGGACCUCGAGAAGCUCUAUCUCAUUCUGGAGUACGGGCAAGGCGGAGAACUGUUCACUCACCUCAGCACGGAGAAGAUGUUUUCCGAGACGGUGGCCGCCUUUUACAUGGCGGAAAUGGUGCUCGCAAUCUCUCACCUCCACAACGACCUCGGAGUUGUCUAUCGUGAUCUCAAGCCGGAGAACUGCCUCCUGGACGCCGACGGUCAUUUGCUCCUCACGGACUUUGGCCUUUCCAAGGUGGCGGUGGAGAAGUCCGAAGACAGCUGCAAUUCGAUUCUCGGGACGGUCGAGUACAUGGCGCCCGAGGUUAUCCUUGGCAAACGGUACGGGAGAGCCGUGGACUGGUGGUCUUUCGGUGCGCUGGGCUACGACCUCAUGACGGGCAACCCGCCGUUUCGGGGCCAGAACCACGCCAAGAUCCAAGACAACAUCGUCAAGCAGAGGCUCGUCAUGCCGUACUUUCUCAGCCCCGAUGCGAAGGACCUGCUCACCCGCCUCUUGAGAAAGGACCCCCACAAGAGACUGGGGUACUGCAUGCCCAAAGACCUACUGACUCUCAAGAAGCACCGCUUCUUUCGCAAGAUUGACUGGAAGAAGCUCGAGGCGCGCGAGCUAGAACCGCCCAUUCAGCCCAUGAUCACUGACCCGGAGCUUGCCGAGAACUUUGCUCCCGAAUUCACAGACCUGGCCAUCAGCCCGCUGGUCACGUCAGCAAAAGACGCUUGGUCUAUGAGCGGAUCGUCCAAGGACGAUGUGUUUGGCGGCUUCAGCUUUGUGGCUUCACCGAGCCUACUCGAGAGCAGCAUGCUCUCCGUGGCCAACCGUGUGUGA